UGGAUCCGCUGGUUCCGUAACAACAUCCCGUUGGCUUCCCUCAGGCGGCGGGACUAGUGCAGCCGCCGCCUCCCAGAAGCGCCCGCCCGCGCGGGCCCGCGCCCUCCACGGCCCAGGCCACAAUGGCCACCAACCCGCAGCCUCAGCCGCCUCCUCCGGCGCCGCCGCCUCCCCCGCCUCAGCCGCAGCCGCCACCGCCGCCGCCGGGCCCCGGGGCUGGCCCUGGCGCGGGCGGGGCGGGCGGCGCGGGGCCUGGCGCCGGGGACCCGCAGCUCGUGGCCAUGAUCGUGAACCACCUCAAGAGCCAGGGGCUCUUCGACCAGUUCCGCAGGGACUGCCUGGCAGACGUGGACACCAAGCCUGCCUAUCAGAACCUGAGGCAGCGUGUUGACAACUUUGUUGCAAACCACUUGGCAACUCACACUUGGAGUCCCCAUCUCAAUAAAAACCAGCUAAGAAAUAAUAUUAGACAACAAGUUCUCAAAUCAGGAAUGUUGGAGUCUGGUAUUGACCGAAUUAUUUCUCAGGUUGUGGAUCCAAAGAUCAACCACACGUUUAGACCUCAGGUGGAGAAGGCUGUGCAUGAGUUUUUGGCUACACUAAAUCACAAAGAGGAAGCAAGUGGCAGCACAGCUCCUGAUGAUGAGAAACCAGACUCUUCCAUCGUUAUACAAGGUGUUCCUGCUCCUGGGCCCAGUGCUAAUGUAGCCAAUGAUGCCAUGUCAAUCUUGGAAACCAUCACUUCUCUUAACCAAGAAGCUAAUGCUGCUAGGGCUUCAACAGAAACAUCAAAUGCCAAGACCAGUGAAAGAGUAUCAAAAAAACUCCCAUCUCAGCCAAGUACUGACACUAGUACUGACAAAGAAAGAACUUCAGAGGAUGUGGCUGAUAAAGAAAAAUCUACAGCUGACUCUGGAGGGGAAGGACUGGAAAUAGCCCCAAAGUCUGAAGAAUUUAGUGAUCUCUCUUGUCCAGUUGAAGAAAUUAAAAAUCACACAAAAGAGACUAAUAACUUAAUUCUGCUAAAUAAGGAUGUUCAACAAGAAACCAGUGACCAAAAAAUUAAAUCAGCAGACAAAGGUGAAAAGAAGCCAGACAGCAAUGAUAAAGGAGAAAGAAAGAAGGAGAAGAAGGAAAAGACCGAAAAGAAAUUUGAUCACUCAAAACGGAGUGAAGAUAUACAAAAAGUUUUUGAAAAACAAGCAAAGGAAAAAGAAGUCGAGAGUUCAAAACUUCCUUCAGAAAAGAAUAGUAAUAAAGCUAAAACUGUUGAAGGUACAAAAGAAGAUUUCUCUUUGAUAGAUUCUGAUGUGGAUGGACUUACAGACAUCACAGUUAGUUCUGUCCAUACUAGUGACCUUUCAUCUUUUGAAGAAGAUACCGAGGAGGAAGUUGUAAUGUCUGAUAGCAUGGAAGAAGGAGAGAUUACAUCAGACGAUGAAGAGAAGAACAAACAGAAUAAAACAAAAACUCAAACAAGUGAUUCUAGUGAAGGAAAAGCAAAAAGUGUACGACAUGCUUAUGUUCACAAACCAUAUCUUUACUCAAAGUACUACAGUGAUUCUGAUGAUGAACUUACUGUAGAACAACGGCGACAGUCUAUUGCUAAAGAAAAAGAAGAGAGGCUUUUAAGAAGGCAAAUUAAUAGAGAGAAACUUGAAGAAAAACGAAAACAGAAGGCAGAAAAGACAAAGUCUUCAAAAGCCAAGAGUCAGGGCAAAAGUAGUGUGGACUUAGAAGAAUCAUCAAUAAAGAGUUUGGAACCUAAAACCCCAAGAAUUAAAGAAGUCCUUAAAGAACGGAAAGUUUUAGAGAAAAAAGUAGCCUUGAGCAAAAAAAGAAAAAAAGAUUCAAGGCACCAAAUGUUAAAUUUGAACCUAAAAAUUGAUUGUGGUGUUUCUCAUAUAUUAACCUUUAUUUUCUCACAGCAUUGUGAAAAGGAAAAGGUGUCUUCUUCAAAGGAACUCAAGCAUAUUCAUGCAAAAAGUGAACCAAGUAAACCUGCCCGGAGACUUUCAGAGUCCUUACAUUCAGUUGAUGAAAACAAAAAUGAAUCCAAAAUAGAAAGAGAACACAAAAGACGGACAUCCACCCCUGUUGUGGUAGAAGGGGCACAGGAAGAGACUGACACAAGAGAUGGAAAAAGGCAAGUAGAACGCUCAGAAAUUGGCACUGACGAACCCCAGAAACAGAAAGGCGCACUUAAAAGUGAAAAGCAUCUAAAGAAAGAUGAUUCUGAAGCACCACAUUUGAAAAGCCUACCUAAGAAAGAGGUGAAAUCCUCCAAGGAGAAGCCUGAAAAAGAGAAAACUCUGUCAGAAGAGAAAUUGUCUGUGAAACAUAAAUACAAAGGUGACAGUAUGCAUAAAGUGGGUGACGACACUGAACUUCACUCUUCUGAGAAAGGUUUAAAAGUAGAGGAAAAUAUUCAAAAGCAAAGUCAACAAACAAAGUUUUCUUCAGAUGACAAAGCUGAACGAAAAAGCAAACAUAGAAAUGAAAGGAAAUUAUCAGUUUUAGGCAAAGAUGGAAAGCCAGUUUCUGAAUAUAUUAUAAAAACAGAUGAGAAUGUUCGCAAAGAAAACAACAAAAAAGAGAGACAUUUGUCAACCGAAAAACCUAAGGCAGAGCACAAAUCAAGAAGAUCAAGUGAUUCUAAAAUUCAGAAAGAUUCUCUAAGUUCUAAGCAACAUGGUAUCACACCACAGAGAAGAAGUGAAAGUUAUUCAGAAGAUAAAUGUGAUACAGACUCAACUAAUUUAGAUAGUAAUUUAAAACCAGAAGAGGUUGUUCACAGGGAGAAACGAAGAACAAAGAGCUUGUUAGAAGAGAAACUUGUGUUAAAGUCUAAAUCAAAAAGUCAAGGCAAACAGUUAAAAAGUAUAGAAACAGAACUACAAGAAAGUAUCACAAAACAGGCAACCACUCCAAAACAAGAUAAGGAGAAGAACACAGAAGAAAAUGACUCAGAAAAACAGCGAAAGUCUAAAGUUGAAGACAAACCUUUUGAAGAAACUGGUGUUGAAACUGUAUUAGAGACUUCUGCUUCUUCAGCACAUAGUACACAGAAAGAUUCUGGUCAUAGAACUAAGUUACCAUUAGCAAAGGAGAAAUCUAAGGGUGAUAAAGAUUCAAGCUCCAGGCUUGAGAGAAAGUUAUCAGAUGGACAUAAAAGCAGAAGCUUGAAGCAUAGUAGUAAAGAUGUGAAAAAGAAGGAAGAAAACAAGUCAGAUGACAAGGAUGGUAAAGAAAUUGAUAGUAAUCAUGAAAAGGCCAGAGGAAAUAGUUCAGUCGUGGAAAAGAAAUUAAAUAGAAGACUGUGUGAAAAUCGACGAGGAAGCUUAUCACAAGAGAUGACCAAAGGAGAAGAAAAAUUAGCAGCAAACACUUUGGGCACUCCCAGUGGCUCCUCCCUUCAAAGACCAAAAAAAAGUGGUGAUACCACAUUGAUUCCUGAACAAGAGCCAAUGGAAAUUGAUUCUGAGCCAGGUGUUGAAAAUAUAUUUGAAGUUUCUAAAAUUCAAGACAGCAACAGUAGUAGUUCUCAGCAAGAUACUGACUCUGAAAAUGUCAUGAAACAAAAAACUACUGCCACAGUUCUAAAGGAUGAAUUACGAACUUACCCAAUAGAUUUGAAAACAAUAGCUCCAGCCUGUAAAUCAGGGCGUGGAACGGGAGUUGUUAGUAAUUCUGAAAAGCACGCUGACCAUAGAAGCACGCUGACCAAGAAAGUGCACAUCCAAAGUGUUGUGUCUAAACUGAAUCCCGGGGAAAAAGAACCUAUUCAACAAGGAACUCAUGAAAUGAAUGUAGGCUCUGAAACUGUUCAUAGAAUGUUACCUAAUGCCCCAUCAGAAAAUGAUAGGGGACAAAAGAAUUUGAAAAGCACGACGAAACCCACUGAAGAACGUGUUGGUCAAGGAGAUACUGCUUUUGAACAUUCCACAGAUAUAGACCCCUCUCCGUCCUUAAGUUCAGUGACUGUUGUGUCUCAGAAAGAAUCUCGUGAUUCAGAUGUAGCUCCUCUAGCUGAUAAAAGAACUGUGUUAGAAGGUGGCACAGCCAGCACCUCCCCUGUGGAUCACUGUGCUAUCCCUAACCAAAGUUUGACUGUUAGGGAAUUGGAAGUCCCAAGGACAAGUGACAACAAAGAAAGUAGUGAAGGUACCACAGUAGACACACCAGCAAAAGCCAGCAUCACUAGCAAAAGACACAUUCUAGAAGGUUACCAGGCCACUUUAUUGGACGGUAAGCAAGGAAAAGUCAUCAUGCCCCUCGGGAGCAAGUUCACCGGCAUGACUGUGGAAAAUGAGAAUGUUAACAAAGAAGGUGGCUUGGUGGACUUGGCCCUGAAAGAAAGUGACCUAAGUGCAGAGCCCAGUCUAAAGCAGACAACUAGAACAACAGUAGCAAAUGGCAAGAAGGAUGGCUUUGCUGUUGAUCAUGUGGUAGGCGUGAGUACAGGAAAAGAUGCUGAAACUGUCGAACUUAAGCAUGAUCGAGGCCCAGGUGAAAUAAAAGACCCAUCAAUUGAUGUUGAAGGAAGGAAUGAAAACAGUGAAGUAGACACCAGUGCUGGAGGUGGCUCUGCAUCCUCUGUUUUGCACCAAAAGAAUAGAAAAACUGAGGAUGUAGCAGCUGGACCUGGUAGAACAGAAAAGACUUCUGUUGCCACUAGUACUGAAGGGAACAACAAAAGUGUUACUGUAAGCCCAGUGAAGGCUGGGGCUGCCACAACUACUUCAGAAACAAGAGAAAGUGAGGUGGCUUUGCCUUGCACCAGCAUUGAGGCAGAUGAAGGCUUCAUAAUAGGUGCAAACUCCAGAAACAAUCCUUGUCAUGCUGGCGCAGAAGCGAGUGAGUGCACUGUUUUUGCUGCAGCUGAGGAAGGUGGAGCUGUUGUCACAGAAGGAUUUGCUGAAAGUGAAACUUUCCUCACAAGCACCAAGGAAGGAGAAAGUGGGGAGUGUGCUGUGGCUGAAUCAGAGGAAAGAGCAGCAGACCUAGUGGCUUCUCAUGCAGUUAAAAUCGAAGCCAACGUGAAUAGUGUUGUGACUGAGGAAAAGGAUGACGCCGUAACCAGUGCAGGCUCUGAAGAAAAAUGUGGUGGUUCUUCCUGUAGAGACUCAGAAAUAGUCGAAGGAACUGUUACUUUUAUUAGCGAAGUUGAAAGUGACGGAGCAGUUACAAGUGCUGGGACAGAAAUAAGAGCGGGAUCCCUAAGCAGCGAAGAGAUCGAUGGGUUCCAGGGAAAUAUGACGAGAUUGGGCCCCAAGAAAGAAACAGAGGGCACUGUGACAUGUACAGGUGCAGAAGGCAGGAGUGAUAACUUUGUGAUCUGCUCAGUAACCAGGGCAGGACCCCGAGAGGAACGCAUGGUUACAGGUGCAGAUGUGGCCCUGGUAGAUAAUGACACACCACCAGGAACAAGUGCCAGCCAGGAAGGAGACGGUUCUGUGAAUGACGGUAUAGAAGGUGAGAGUGCAGUCACCAGCACAGGGAUAACAGAAGAAGAUGGAGAGGGGCCAGCAAGUUGUACAGGUUCGGAAGAUAGCAGUGAAGGCUUUGCUAUAAGUUCUGAAUCAGAGGAAAAUGGAGAGAAUGCCAUGGACAGCACAGUAGCCAAAGAAGUCACUAAUAUACCAUUAGUUGCUGCUGGUCCAUGUGAUGACGAAGGCAUUGUGACCAGCACAGGCGCGAAAGAGGAGGACGAGGAAGGGGAGGGUAUUGUGACUAGUACUGGAAGAGGAAAUGAAAUUGGGCAUGCUUCAACUUGCACAGGGAUGGGAGAAGAAGGUGAAGGGGUAUUGAUUUGUGAAAGUGCAGAAGGGGACAGUCAGAUUGGGACUGCGGUGGAGCACGUGGAGGCUGAGGCUGGAGCGGCCAUCAUGAAUGCAAAUGAGAGUAAUGUUGACAGCAUGAGUGGUGCAGAGAAGGAAAUCAAAGACACAGAGAUCUGCUCUAGUGCUAAAGGGAUUGUAGAAAGCAGUGUGACCAGCGCAGCUUCAGGAAAGGAAGAGGGGGCACCAGUUCCGGAAGGUUGUGAGGGUCCCAUGACUAGUGCUGCUUCUGAUCAAAGCGACAGUCAGCUCACCAGGAAAGAAAAAGUUGAAGAUACCAACAUUUCCACUGGCCUGGUGGGGGGCAGUUAUGACGUUCUUGUGUCCGGUGCAGUCCCAGAAUGUGAAGUGGCCCACACGUCACCAAGUGAAAAAGAAGACGAGGGCAUCAUUACCUCUGUAGAAAAUGAAGAGUGUGAUGGCCUUAUGGCCACCACAGCCGAUGGCGAGGUCACCAACCAAAAUAGCCUAGCUGGGGGCACAGGUCAAGGCAAAGGCUUGAUGAUUUCCACCAGCACAACAAAUGAUGACGCCCCUCAGGUUAGCACAAUGAUAACCACAGGGGAAGGUCAUUCAGGUGCUCUGAGAACUGAAGAAAACGUGGAAGGCACCAGAGUAAACAUGGAAGAAUUUGAGGCCCCCAUGCCCAGUGCAGUCUCAGAUGAGAGCCAGCUCACUCUUGGCAGAAAUGAGGAGAAAGACGAAUGUGCCAUGAUCUCCACAAGUAUAGGGGAAGAGUUUGAAGUGCCCAUUUCCAGUGCAUCUGCCACCAAGUGCGCUGAAAGCCAGCAGCCAGUUGCAGCCAUAGAAGAAAGAGCUAAAGGUCCGAUCUCAGUAAGCACUGCCGACUUCGAGGCACCUAUGCCCAGUGCACCCCCAGGAGCUGGGAGUCCUCUUGCCUCAACCAGCAAGGAGGAAAAGGAUGAAUGUGCUCUCAUUUCUACCAGCAUAGCAGAGGAGUGUGAGGCCUCUGUUUCUGGAGUAGUUGUUGAAAGUGGAAAUGAGCAAGCCGGGACCGUCAUGGAAGAAAAAGAUGGGAGUGCUGUCAUCUCCACGAGCUCAGUGGAAGACUGUGAGGGCCCAGUGUCUAGUGCUGCCCCUCAGGAGGGAGUCCAUCCCUCAGUCACACCAGUGGAAGAGAUGAGUGACACUGCCAUGAUUUCCACAAGCACCUCUGAAGGAUGUGAAGCAGUCAUGAUUGGUGCUGUCCCCCAAGAUGAAGAUCGGCCCACCAUUGCAAGAGUGGAAGACUUGAGUGACGCCGCCAUCAUCUCCACCAGCACGGCAGAAUGUGUGCCAGUUGUUGCCAGCAUCGACAGACACGAAGAGACUCAACUGACUGCAAACAACCCGGAAGAAAAUGGUGACCUGUCAGCCGCAAAGGUGAACAAGUGUGAGGCACCCAUGCCCAGCCUAUUUGCCGAGAAUAACUGUCAGUGCCCUAGGCCAUUCAUAGGAGGCAAAGAAGUGAUGGCAGUGAGCACUGAGGAAGGGCACGACAGGCUGUCAGUCCAAGAGCCCUCUGCAGGACAAGGCCAUCCAAGUGCUGUGUGUGCACAAGAGGAAGAGAGACACGGCAAGAAGUGCCCUGGCAAAGGGCCAUUUACAGGAAGAGGACAGAAAGAGAGUGCUUUGCACCUCAUAAAUACAGAAGAGGAGGCUAUGUUGUUGGGCUCUGUACAAAGAGAAGAGAAAAGCCCAGAGGCAGAGUUGACAGGGGCCAGCAGCACAGCAAGUUCAGCAGGAAAGAGCUUGGAGAGUAGUGCUGGCUCACCUGUCCCUCUGAGAGGACCAGGACAGAUUACAGAGGAUCCCUCUGUCAGUAUUUGCUAUUUGGCAGCAGUAAAUACCGGUGCUAAAAAAGCUGGCAACAUGCCACCUGUCAAAGACACUGCAGCUGAGCAUUCCUCUGUUCCUCCUGACCAGCAGGGGCCUGAAGACAACCUGAAAACCACUACCACCAAAUGUAUUACUGGCCAAGAAUCAAAAACUGUUCCUUCCCACACAACGAUCCUUCCAGCUGCCCACCACGGAGCUCUGGCAGCUCCUAAACAUGAGCAGGACUUGACUAUAAAGAGUGAUCAUAGUGGCAGACGGACCGAUCAAGCAUCCACUGAGAAAACAGGAGACGGUAAUGGCAUGAGGAAGUCAUUCCACGAGGAAGGAGACUUCUCAGCCACUGUUUCUUCUGAAGUAAAUUUGUGUGACACAGGCAAUGAAGAGUCUCCAUCGAAUGCUUUGGGAGGAUUGGAACAGAAAACCAACUUGAAAACUGAGACAAACGUGCCUUCAGAGAAAGAGAAAAAUCAUGAAAUUCUAGCACCACCAGAAAGCCCAAGUGAGGAAGAGCCAAGUGGAAUAGCUGAGCUACAAAAGGAGCCUUUGUUGGUGAAUGAAUCACUAAAUGUUGAAAAUUCAGGCUCUGAAACAAAUGAAGAAAUUCAUAGCAAAUCUUCUAACACAAGAGAGGUAUCCAGUGGUCAAAAAGACGAUGUGGAAGCUAUAAGAGGUCACAAUAUUGAAGCAAAUCCUAAACAGGUCGAGGAGGAAGAAAGGCAUAUGCCUAAACGAAAAAGAAAGCAGCAUUAUCCUUCUUCAGAAGAUGAACUGGAUGAUAAUCCAGAUGUCCUGGAUUCCAGAAUAGAAACAGCACAGAGGCAGUGUUCUGAAACUGAGCCACAUGACACAAAGGAAGAGAACUCUGGAGAUUUAGAAGAAUUAUCUAAAACAAGUUCAAAGACAAACAGCGCCGUUUCAAGGGCCAUGGAAGAAAAAGAUGAAUACAGCAGCAGCGAAGCUACUGGCGAAAAGGCAGAGCAGAAUGACGAUGACAAUAUAAAAUGUCAAGAGGAAGAUCAGCCGAUAAUUAUUAAAAGGAAAAGAGGAAGACCUCGCAAAUACCCUGCAGAAACAGCAUUAAAAAUAAAAGAAGAUGACUCCAAAACAGAUACUGGCAUUGUCACUGUAGAACAAUCUCCACCUAGUAGCAAACUGAAAAUAAUGCAAACAGAUGAGUCCAAUAAAGAGACAGCUAACCUGCAAGAAAGAAGUAUAAGCAAUGAUGAUGGUGAAGAAAAAAUAGUAGCAAGUAUACGUCGGAGAGGGAGAAAGCCUAAACGUUCACUCACUCUAUCAGAUGAUGCUGAAUCCUCAGAACCAGAAAGAAAACGCCAGAAAUCAGUAUCUGAAGCAGCUGAGGACAAGAAAGACCAGGAGUCCGAUGAGGAAGAGGAAGAAGAGGAAGAGGAUGAGCCCUCCGGAGCCACCACGAGAUCCACCACCAGAUCAGAGGCUCAGAGAUCAAAGACACAGCUCUCCCCUUCUACCAAGCGCAAGAGAGAAGUCAGCCCUCCUGGGGCCCGGACAAGAGGCCAGCAGAGGGUGGAGGAAGCCCCUGUGAAAAAGGCGAAGCGAUAAUCCUUACCCCGGUGCCCCUGGCUUGUUGAGGAACACAGUGGAGAGAAAAGGGACGAGCCUCUGUGGCCAUAGGCUUCUUUUUUUUUUUUUUAACCAGAAAAAGGAUAUGCAUGUGCUGUCAGUUCCUAGGUGCAAGCUUUUUCUUGUUAUGUUUUAAACAGCUUUAUAAACUAUUGUUCAUAGAAGAUACUAUGUACAUUUAUUUCAGAUAAAGGAAAAUAAGUUUACUUUGUAUCUGAACUCAAAACAAAGUAGUUGUAUAUUUUAACAUUUGAAAUUGGGAUUUCCCAAUGUGACACAUCAUUAAUGCAAAUCUUUCCAACUCAUCAGACACCAGGCUGCCUACUGGUAAUCUGUG